GACAAUUCCGUACGUCCUUACAAUGUAUCUUGAUGAUACCCACCCUCAACUGCUUCUUACCACCUCCUAUACAUCUCCCUCCCACGUUCACGACCCCUCUGAGUCCAGUUAGUGCUGCCUGCUGGAGUGUUGCCUGAUCUUGUAGGCUUGACCUUGUGCAGGUAACCAUAGCUACAGUGAGCUCAUGAUUGCAUCAGCCAUGCUGUAUCCAAGAACACACUUGUCCAUGUUUUAAAAAUUAAUCUUUCCAGGCUUCAUCUGUGGCUUUUCUCUUUAGCCAACAUUCCUCAGUCAUGAGCACAUUUUCUCCCCCCCUCCCCGCCACACAUCCUCUUUUCUUUCUUUCGCAUGUUUAAACUGGAACCAUUCUUUAUGACUUUUUUUUUCCUGGAAAGAACCCUUGCAAGAACAAGAAGACUGCCUGGAUUGUUUGGAGAUGGCCGAUUCCUCUAAAUUUAGGGCUUCUUCCAGGAGUUAACAAUCUCCACGGUGAGCUGGGCCAUUUUUCCCAUCUGCAGACUUUGCAGCUGACCUUCACCUCUGGGCAGAGGGUGGCAUGCAGUGUGUGACCCUCCCUGUGCCAUUCCUCUUCUCCUAAGCUCCUGUCUCCAGUAAUGUCAUCACUUCCUGGAAGAGUCAGACCAUCUUUGGUCUAUUUUACUGUUAGGGUUUAGCAAACAGCAGCCUCUAAGGGCUGGGCCGAGCUGAAGGCAGAUUGACAGCUCAAGAUUCCAAAAGCCAACUUCCCAGAGUGACUCCCUGACUUCUGGAGGACGAGGAGGCAGGAAAGCGGUGGGCCGGUGGCACAGAGCUGAGACACGAUGGAAUCCGGCUUUACCUCCAAGGACACUUAUCUAAGUCAUUUUAAUCCCCGGGAUUACUUGGAAAAAUAUUACAGCUUUGGGUCCAGACACUGUGCAGAAAGCGAAAUCCUCAGGCAUCUGCUGGAAAAUCUCUUUAAGAUAUUCUGCCUCGGUGGUGUGAAGGGAGACCUCCUGAUUGACAUUGGCUCUGGCCCCACCAUCUAUCAGCUUCUGUCCGCCUGUGAGUCCUUCAAGGAGAUCAUUGUCAGUGACUACACAGACCAGAACCUUCGGGAGCUGCAGAAGUGGUUGAAGAAGGAGCCGGGGGCCUUUGACUGGUCUCCAGUAGUCACCUAUGUGUGUGAUCUCGAAGGGAACAGAACCAAAGGACUUGAGAAGGAGGAGAAGUUGAGGCGGGCAGUCAAACAGGUGCUGAAGUGUGACGUGACGCAGAGCCAGCCUCUGGGUGGGGUCUCUCUGCCCCCUGCUGACUGCCUGCUCAGCACCCUGUGCCUGGAUGCUGCCUGCCCUGACCUUCCCACCUACUGCAACGCCCUCAGGAACCUGGGCAGCCUGCUCAAGCCAGGGGGCUUCCUGGUGAUGGUGGAUGCCCUUAAGAGUAGCUACUACAUGAUCGGAGAGCAGAGGUUUUCCAGCCUUCCUCUGGGAUGGGAGGCUGUUCGAGAUGCUGUGGAAGAGGCUGGCUACACCAUUGAGCGGUUUGAGGUGAUUUCUCAGAACUACUCUUCUGCCACAGCCAACAAUGAAGGACUGUUCUCCCUAGUGGGGCGCAAGGUGGGCGGAGCUGAAUGACAUCCUGUGAUCCCAGUGAAAGGCUCGCUGGCUCAUUCAGACUGUGGCUCUGACAGCAGUGCUCACUGUGUGGUGUAGAAGCUGACUGGUGGGGCCCCACGGUUCAGGGUGGGGUGCACAGUCAAGGAGGAGCCCACGGACCAUUCCUCUGUGCUCCAUACAUCUAUUAAUGCUAUGGGACCCCCAGGAGAGUAGCUGAGACAUCUGGUCUUCUCUACCUGUACUCACAAAAGAAGCCUCGGCACCUCAAGCAGUUACAGCCGCACCUGUGAACCAUAUGUGAAUCAAGCCCGCGCCUGCCUACAGAGACAUCAGUUAUUCACCGUUAACCUCACAGGAAGUUGCUGUACCCUUCUCUUGCCUUCUUUCUGGAGAGACUGACUUACCCCAGCCUCUGAUACUGAUAAAUCUGCUCUGGGCUCAGUCAGUCUCCAAUAGACUUCCCCACUACUGGCACCAAUCUGACUUCAGGGACCAGAGGACAGCUGACCUGUAUUUCUUCCAAUUCAUCCCAAUGAUCCAAUUAUUUUCUUUUCUAGAGCUCAUCUCGUUUUCAAAUUCUAUCUAACCUCUCUGUGCCUUGGUUUCCUCAUCUGCAAAAUGAGGUUGAAAUGGAACCACUUGUUAAGAUAAGCUAGAAAGAAUCCAGAGGGAUGCUUGGUACCCAGCGAGCAUCUAAUAAAUGUUAAGGAUCAUGAGCAUCAUUAUCAUCACAGUCAUCAUACUCCCAUCUUUGCUAUCAGUUGCCCAAGCAGCUGAGAUGUUUCCAUCCCCACGUAGAAGAGGGGGCCUUCUCCGGGCUCUCCACUGCUGUGACUGUCAGGAGCACCUAUAAGAAAACAGUUUCCACACCACAAGCUUCCAGUUCCUUUCAGAUUCAAGAGCUAUCCAGCAAACAUGUAUUUAGCAUCCUCCAUGUGUCUUCCUUCUGCCAGGUCCUGGGAAUGGAAAUGAAGCCCCAGUGUCAGCUAGCUCAAGAGUCCUCGUCUUUGUAGACACAGUGACAUGACAAGUGCUCCCAGAUGCUGUCAGACAGUGCUCUCUGCAGUUUCCACCCAGAUUUCCAGCUCAGCAUCUUCUGCUUCCACUGUCCUGUCUGGCAGUGCCUGGGGUGGUGUGGGGGGGCAUAUGGAGGAAGCUACUCCCCUGCUUGUGUGUCAGAGCCAUGAUGGCUUCUUGCCCAAGAGGCAGAGAACACUGUCUAUACCAAGGUUGGCCAAGAGUCAGAUAGCAAAUAAUUUUUGGCUUUGUGGGUUAUACAAUCUUUUCUUAUUGAUUGAUUUGAUUGAUUGAUUGAUUGAUUGAUUGAUUGAUUGAUUGAGGAGUAAGUGGGUGAGUGUGAGUUAGACAGUGUAUCACCAUGUAGUUCUGGCUGUCCUGAGAUACACUCUGUAGACCAGGCUGGCCUUGAACUCACAGAGAUCCACCUGCCUCUGUCUCCCAAGUGCUGGGAUUUAAGGCAUGCUAUGGCGUGCCUGGCCUUGACCAUAUAGUUUUGAUCAUGGCUAUUCAAUCCCAUAUUGGAGCAGAAUGAGCCACAGAUGACAUGUAAACGAAAAUGCAACUCCCCUUACUAAAACAGGUGGAUGGGUAGGUUUAUAGACCUUUGAUCUGGGAUCAGAAGCAGCCUUAUUUGUGGUUCGAAUUUAAUGAAGUCUCUUGUGUACACUUUUAUUAUCUUGUGAUAUUCAGUCCUACUUGUGAGGGAGCUCAAACCCUAUACACGGGUGAAGACCGGGACAGGUGGAAUACUAUUUCUUCUCACUCUGUCCUAACUCGUUCUCUCUUUAUUGCUGUUCCCCUCAACCAACCCCCAUCUAGUCUGAAGGCAUUCCAUAAAAACAAACAGAAAAUGAGGGAACAAGUAGGGGCAGGGAAAUGCUGGACAAAAUGUCCACUACACCAAUAUUUUUACCCCGAAAGUUACAAUACACACUGGAGUAUCAUAAAAAUCCACUGAGACACCACAAUACACAUUAUAAAAAUGACAGAGAAGAAAACUGGGCAGAAACAAAUCCCUGAAAAUAGAGCAGCACGCAACAAUGCUUUGCAAAGUUUUGUUUUACAGAUCAUAUCUAUCUGCUUACACGCUGGCUGCAUUUAGGCACAGCUAAGUUGGCCCUGUAGGCUUCUUCCACUUGGAGAUAGCUUUGUGACUGUGUAUCUGUCUGAAAGAUAUUUAUUGCAUGCGUGUUACUGCUGUUUUAAUUUCAUUUCUCUUGCUGUGAUAAAAAAAAACUCUGACAGAAA